CCAUUCUUCUUUAUUUGCCCUAUCAACCAUUUCCUCCUUUUUUUGAUUAAAGAGUUUUUUUCUUUCUCUCUUCAAUGGCUAAAAUUCAUGAAGAAGGUAUAAAGCUCUUUGGAACAAAAAUUACUUUGCAACAACUUAACAAAGAAGAUCAAAAUAAAGAAAAUUCAACCCUAGAUAAAAGGCCAGACAAGAUUGUCCCAUGCCCUAGAUGCAAGAGUAUGGACACUAAAUUUUGUUACUUCAACAACUAUAAUGUCAAUCAACCUAGACACUUUUGCAAGGGCUGCCAGAGAUACUGGACGGCCGGUGGCGCUCUCCGUAAUGUUCCGGUUGGUGCUGGUCGCCGGAAAGCCAAGCCGCCCGGUAGUGAUGAGAUUGGAGGGUUUCCUGAUGGGUGCUUGUAUGAUGGGUCCGGCGGUGGACUACAACAAUUUGAAAUUGAAGGUGGGGUGGUGGUUGAGGAGUGGCAUGCUGCCACCCAUGGAGGUUCCCGGCAUGUUUUUCCGGUGAAGAGGAGGAGAAUCAAUACAGGUUAUAUAUAUUGAUUUGGCAAUGUCAAAUAGUAGAUUUGAAAACUUCAACAAUUGAACAUGAAGCUCAAUGAUUUAUUACUUGUAUUCGGGUCAUGAUUCGGAUCAUCAUCAGGCGGCUAUGAUCCAUUUUAAUCAAAUUUGAUGAUUUAAUUUGGAGAGUCAACUCAUGCAUUAACUGAACCAGUUGAUCUUGAUCAAAUUUAAUUAAUUUGAUCCGACGAUCAAGAAGCAGCGAAAGAAAUUAAAGAUAAUUCAUAAUUCAGAAGCUAUUUGGUAUUUUGUAUAUAUCAAAAGAAAAAUUGACGAUCAUGAUCAUAUGUAAUUAAGUAUAAACAUGUAAUCAAAGAGCUCAAAAUUCAUGUCA